AAACCAAGUUGGCGGACGAACGACGACGACGACGCGGCGGUAGUACGUACUCGCACACACACAUACACACAACAGAAAAUAAUAAUACACGCCACAGGCCGGACCGACCGUGCUGUGCUCUCCGUCCGGCUCGGUAUUUCAGGUAGUUUUCUCCCUACUAAAAACGUACCCCGCGGUGGCGGACCACCAGUUCCACAUCCCAGUGCCUUCGGUUGGACGCGACGCGUAACUUGCCUCCUCUCGCCGUUUUUCCGUUCGGCCGACGACGAUCGAGGGAAGAUGAGGAUUAAAUUGAUUUGAUUCGAUGCACGGUGUUUUUUUGGUGAUACACGAUUUUUGGAUGGUGCGUCCCCAGUGGUUUUAUUGUAUCAUGCAUGUGGAUAGUGUGUGGUUACAGUGAAUGUGUGCCCCUACGUUGGUGACUGCGUAACGCGACGACGACGACGAUACGAAUUGUGCGAAUUUACGGGUGGUGAUCAUCCGGUACACCCGAGACGCCGCACCGGAUCUUAGUUUUUGGAUUACGAGUUAAAGAGUAGUAAGAUGCCACGCGGUCGUUUGCGUGGAGGUCGGGCCGCGGCUGGGCGCAACCUCGGCGGCAGCUGGGCCCCGCGCGGCACAGGCAUGGCAUGGCGGCCCCAAUGAGACCGACGACGAGCGUCGCCGCACAGGAAGCGCCACCGGCCCACCGACCGAGGGUGGCGGACCCGCCCGGCACCGCGCCAGCCGCAGCCGCCCAACAACACCACCACCACCACCAUCAUCACCACCACCACCACCACCAUCAUCAGCAGCAGCAGCAACAGCAGCAGCCUCCAUCGGGAGCGACGCCGCACCGGGACGCGAUCUCGACGAUCUCAGCGAACAGCGCGACCGCCCCCGUCGCCGCCCCACCGACAGCGCCCGGUUCAGCGGGCGCCCACGCUAACGCACAGGUCGUGCAAGUAACGGCCGCGGGCGUACAUCAUCAUCCACACAAGGGACACGAUCACAAAGAUCAGCAACAGUUGUCGUCGAGCCCGCACCAGCAGCAUCAGCCCGGAGGCGUCAGCGUCGUACCGUCGGCGGCGUCGGUCGGGCCGGGAGGCGGCGCAUCAGCAGCCACGACAACGGUGACCAGCGCCACGACGCCCCAGCAACAGCAGCCCACCAGCGCCAAUUUCGAGUACGAUGACAACGAGUGGGACAUCGGCAUAGGGAAUCUGAUCAUCGACUUGGAUGCGGACAUAGAGAAGACCAACGAAGGCGCGUUACCACUGCACCACGCCGCGCACACGCAAAUGGCUGCGAACGCGGGCGGCGCCCAGGCUUCCAAGGCGGCCGCCACGGCCAAAAUGCACAUUGAGCAUUCAGCGACAGCAGACAAAGGACUAAAAAUGAAAAUCAAACGUACGAAGCCCGGCACCAAGACGUCCGAGGCGAAGCACGAGAUCGUCAAGAGCAACGAGCAGAACGGCAGCGCCGACCAGGCGGAGGGCGGCAAAGGAGCGGGCGCGUCUGGAGGCGGCAAGCACGGGGCGCACGGUGCCGCCCCACAGUCAGCUUCGGCCGCCCAAAACGCCUCGAACGGCGGCAACGGCAAGCGCGGGUCCAGCGGUCACCGGCGCGACAAGGCGAAGGAGAAGCACUCGUCGUCGUCGUCGACAAAUAGUGCGGGUAGUGACACGAAGGCCGGCGGCCAAAAUCCGAAGGGCGGCGGCGCGGCCGCCUCCCAGCAAUCGGGCGCCGUGACAGUGAACGUUACUGAAAUGAACGGAUUGGUGCGCGUGGGCGGCGGCGCCCCGGUGGCGCCGCGCUCUGUGUUUCCGGCUAGCACGGGUCCCGGACCGCCGCAGGGCUCGGCGGCGACUGGCACGUCGCCCCAGAGUCCCGCGAACGCCGCGGCCUCGUCGACGGGAGCUUCCGCGACGCCCGGCGGCGCCGUGAAAACGGAACCGGGCGGCAAAGUGAGUGCGAAUUCGGGCGGUUCGGCGGGCACGGGCGCCGCCCAGCAGCAGCAGGGCGACGACGGCAGCACGUCACCGCCUCCCGCUAAGAAACUUAAAACUGAACCUAAGGAAACUGCCGACGUAUGUGUGGGAACAAGUGUAGGGACGAUUACGGAACCGGACUGUUUAGGACCUUGUGAACCUGGAACAAGUGUGACGCUCGAGGGAAUCGUCUGGCACGAGACUGAAGGAGGUGUUCUUGUUGUGAAUGUAACCUGGAGAGGGAAAACCUACGUGGGAACACUCCUCGACUGCACGAAACACGAUUGGGCUCCACCUAGGUUUUGCGAUUCGCCGACCAGCGACUUGGACAACAGAACCCCAAAGGGUAGAGAAACCAGGUCUUCGGUGCACAGCAAGCUGAGGAACGGUGGCGGCGGAGCCAAAGGACGUCGCAACGGUACAGGCCAAACUACCGCCCCUUCCAGCCCAGCGCCCUUCAUCCCCCCGAGACCAGAACCCAGCAACAAGAGGAAGAGCCGAGUGGGAGAGGAGGAUGCCCCCCAGUCCAGUCCCGUACCCGCCGGCAAGAAGACCAAGGUCAUCGUCCCCCCCGUGCUGCCCCUUCCCGCAACACCUGCCGCCCCAUGCGGCAGUCCCCCGCCCAGUCCAGUUCUGUUGGAGUGUCCGGAGCCGAACUGCUCCAAGAAAUACAAACAUAUCAACGGGCUGAAAUACCAUCAGUCCCACGCGCACGGCUCCGUUACCGAAGACGACGACACCAAAGACGUCACCUCUAUGUCAGAAAACGAUGAGAGCAACAUCGAAGCGCCCAGUCCGGCGACGCCUGUCAAGUCGCCGGAAAAGGCGGAGAACUCGCCCGUCACUCCACAGAAAAAGGACGAUCUACCCACCCUUUUGCGUACUCCCGGCCUCCUUGAGGUGCCCAGUCAGCCAGCGACACCCCGUAGUACCCCUCCCUCUCCUGCCACUCCCCAAAGUGUCUCGGAUCUAGGUCAGACUGCCGUAGGGUCACCCACGGUGCCUUCGAUAGACGCCAAGAACGUAGUCAAACCUGGAGUACUUCGUUAUACUGAAGAUUACCAAGUCGGGGUCUUUCCCGGGAACAAACCCCAAAUUCCUGGAUCACCACUGACUAAUUCAGGGCCAAUGACUGCGGUGAUUCGCGCUGCCAACUCAACACUACCUCCUGCAGAACAGGGUCCCAUUGUAGGGUCCCAGACUGAAAACGUGACAUCUGUGCAGCAGCAACAGCAGCAGCAGCAGCUGCCACAGCAACCUUCUCAAUCGUUCUCGAACCAGCUGCAAUCGCAAGUCAAUACUCCUUCGCAGCAAUUUACUCAACCACCUACCCUCAUUAUCCCAUCACAGAAUCCACUUAAUCCGCCACAGUCACCCCAGUCGCCCAAAAUGCCGACUCCGUUCAAAGUCAAGCCGACUGCGUCUCUCAUGCCCGAGGACAAGAGCAAGCAGCCAGCACCGCUGCAAAGCGUCAACGGCGGCAAUCCAAAUGUGGCGAACACACCCGGAAAAGUGCAGAGUUUCAAGAAAAAGAACCGCAAGUCUCCGGCGGGCAGUCCUCUCCCUACAUCCGAACAACCGGUGUUCGGUGUUGAACAAACUGCAGCAGGUAGAGACGAGGUCCAAAGUCCCGCGUACUCGGACAUAUCGGACGACGGAGCCCCAGUGGAAUCGGAGGAUAAAUCGAAAAACCCUGACAAAAAGACUGAAAGCGGUCCUUUGCCCCAUAUGCCUAACUACGGGAUGUACCAGUUUUACGGACAGUCGCACCAGUAUCUCGUGCCCCAGGCGCAGCAAGACGGCAAACCAAAGGAGACCGACAAACAAGGUGAGAAAGCAGUUCUUGAUAAGGACGGUAAGGAGAAAGGGUCUUCUGAAUACCCGCAAAAAAUUUUACCUCAACAUUAUUAUCAAUAUGGUUAUAUGGCAGGGUACCCCUCAUAUAUGGAUCCAAAUUUUGCCGGCGUACCCAUGGUGCAAGAGGACAAGAUCAAAGAGGAGCGGAUAAAAGAAUCACCCAGCCCUAUCGACCAAACGGUGAAGCAGCCCACCCCAAUUGCCAAUGUAAUACAGGUGCCCACCCCCGGUAAAGUAAAAAGUGCUGAAUCCAAUCUUAAGGAGAAGCAUCAAAACGAAAAUCACCAGAUCUUGAAGGAAAGUAUCGAUCUAAAGAACCAAAUGAAUCCGUAUAUGUAUUCGAGACAGUCGUCCCAACAACAGCCUCAUCAACAAUCGCAACAUCAGCAACGCGAUGAAGAUGUCCGGCGUUUUUACGUGUACAACGAUCAAAGACGGAAGGAAGGCCAAGGCAUGCAGGACUCCCAUAAGAGCAGCAGCACUGCUUCCAAAUCGUCGAUGCCCCAAUCUCCCAGCGUUAAAUUAAAGGAACCCAAAUUGGAGGAAAAGAAAGAGAAGGAGAUCAAACAGGAGGGCGUUAAACCCACAAUGGAAACGCAAGGACCUCCGCCGCCUCCUACCUCCCAGUAUGCUUACAUUCAUCCGGGUUACAUGCAGUCGCCCUACCACGGAGCGAUCCCUUUCGAUCCCAACCACAUGUACCGCGGGAUCAUGGUCCCAGGGCCUUACAGUAAUAGCCCGUACUUGCACCCACAAAUACCGCGCUAUCACGCCCCUGAGGACCUGUCCCGCGCACAGCCCGGUCCCAAAGCGCUGGACGUACUCCAGCACCACGCCCAAUACUACUCCUCGCACAAGAUUCACGAGCUGCAGGAGCGGGCAAUAAAAUCUCCCACACCCAAGACUUCGGUGGCCAGUUCAAGUCCGUCGACAAACACGGGCGGCGCGCCACCCGGUCAACCUCCCGCCCCCAUGAACGUGCCACCCACAUCUCAGGCGGCCAACACGACGCCCGCCAGUGGUAAACAGACGCCGGGGGACGGCAAGGAUUCGCGAAGUCCGCCGCCUCAACGACACGUGCACACCCACCAUCAUACCCACGUGGGACUCGGCUAUCCAAUGUACCCCGCACCUUACGGAGCUGCCGUGCUGGCGAGUCAACAGGCAGCGGCAGUGACAGUGAUCAACCCUUACCCGACAAAAUGAGUGCCCCCCAGAGACUCCAAGUCCAGGAAAAAAACGUGAUUCGGUGACAGUUUAGUGACUAAUGCAUUCCAUAGAUGUUUUGGUAUCUAGUGUGCACUGCUAAUUAAAAUGUAUCUCUCCCAGAAAAAAAAAUUAAUACGAACUUUUUUUUUAUUAGACCACAGCUGUUCCGCAAGCGCAGAAAGGUGUAAAUUUUAUUGUUUCCCCGUUUUCAUUGUAUAUAGUGUUUAAAAGUCAAAAAUUAAUAGUUAAUUGAUUAUGUGGUAGACUGAUGAUAUAUUGACCUAUUCUAUGUAGGUAUACUGUGUAUUUUUUAAUGUAAAACUAUUUCCUUUCUCAUAAUUACUUAUAUGGAGUUGCUCAUUUUCAGUACACCCUGUAUCAGUGAACCAAAAAUUGUUUUGUUUUUGAAUAUUGUACAGUGUAAAGAACAAUUUUAUGCGACGGCCCCAGUAAAUUAUAAUUUAUUGCCAUGUUUUGUAUUACCCAAUUUUGUUACAAGAAAAAUAAAAAAUAAUUUUAAAUAAAACGCAAUCAUGCUGUUUUGUUUUUCUAAUCCUCUGCCCUUAUUGUUUACUGUUUGUUUCACAUAACGAUUAAAAUUUGAAGAAAACAAUUUUAUGGUUGAUUCCAAAUAAGGGUGUCCGAAAAUUGAACAUGACUGUAUAUAAACGUUCAAUAAGUUCCAUAAGAAUAACUUUUUAUUUUUACAUUUAAUGCUUCAUUCCAGUUUUAGUGGAGUGGUAUUUGUAUUAUUACAAAAUGUUUUUUAUUUACUUAAACACGUUGCAGUCUGUACAUGUGUAGUUUUCUGUAAAUAUAAAAGUUGACGUGAUUUUUUUAUUGACCACUAUACACUAUUCAGUUGAAUGUAUGCUGAUUUUAGAUAGUUCAGUAUCAUCUCAGUAUUUUUUCUUUGUAUAAAUUUAAUUUUAGUAUUUGAAAGGAAACUACUUUAAAUUAGUGAAUAGUGAGUCAUCUUAUUUUGUAUUCUCAGUUACAGUUUUACUACUAUUUUAUCGUCUUUAUGUGACAACGGUAAUGAAUUGGAGUUCAACAGACUACUAAAUUGAAUAUCUAAGUCCAUGACAAUGAUUUCUAUUUUAAUGUGAUUCUUAAACUAUGUUAUGUGUCCCAUAUUUUGUUACACGAACUCUCUGACAAGGGAGAGCGGCAUGUUUAUUAUAUGUAUAUUUAUAAUUUUGUAACUAUUUUUUAUAGAAUGACUUUAUUUAAAAUGUGAUAGUUAAAUGUUCAAAAUUUUGAAAGUAACCUUUACAUACGAAAAUUAUUUUAGAAACAGAUAUUUGUGGAAAUUUACCAAGUGUAUGUACAGACUACGAGAGGCUUUAAUGUAAAGUUGCUUAAUAAAAUUACUUGAACGAA